CCCCGCUGCUCCGUAUAAAACCGGCCCCGCGCAACCACCACGGGCCGUUCAUCCAUGAGUCACGGCUCCUGCGUGCAGCCAAGCCCAGGGACAUCGUCGUCGACCAUCGACCGCGCCGGAGCCAGCCUUCCCCUCGACCGCCGCGGCGGCCCCGCCGACCCCGCCGCCGUGAACCGAUCUCCAAUGGCGGCCGUGCCGGCGGACAGCGUGACGCGGCGCUUCGCCGUCGCGUGCGGCGUGCUCAGCCAGUACGUCAGGGCCGGCGGCGCGCCCGCCACGACGAUGCUGCCGCCCUUGUUCCUGGCGCCGGCAGCCGCCGCCGCCCAGCAGGAGGCCGCUAACAGCGCGGCGCAGCAGCUGACCAUCUUCUACGGCGGGAGGGUGGUGGUGCUGGACGCCUGCCCGCCCGAGAAGGCGGCCGAGCUGAUCCGCCUCGCCGCGGCCGCGCAGGGCGCGCCGGCCCGGGAGGCGCCGCCGCCGCUCGUGGACAUGCCCAUCGCCAGGAAGGCCUCCCUGCGGCGCUUCCUCGCCAAGCGCAAGGACAGGUCCUCCUCCACCAGCUCCGCGCCCUACGACGGCCGCCACCUGCAGGACGACGAGGAGCCGCCGGCCGCGAAGAAGGGCAAGGUGGCGCCGACGCGCGAGGACGCUGCUGCUGCUGCUGCCUCUUCCUCUUCUUCCUGGCUCGCGCUGGGCAGCCUGGAUGCCAUGCACGGGCUCUGAUCGCCGGCUCGCCGUCAGUUGGAUGGGAAGAAGAGCUCGCCCGCUCGGGCCCCCUCCGCCUGGUUUACGGAUACGUCCGACCCGGCCAGUGGAGGCGUUCGUUGUAGCAAUUUAAUUAAUUACACUACUUAUAUAUUACGGUUUGCUAAUAAAACUGUGCUAGCUAUAUAGCUUAUAGUAUCGACCAAAUCAAGCCAGCUAUAUAUACCAUGGCAUGCGUGCUCCGUUCAGUAAGAGCAACGCCACUAUUCAUUCGUAUCGUCGUAAGUUGGAGGUGUGUAUCGUCUAAUCUAAUCAACCAGAUGUGUGUAUGGACCUGAACAUGCUAAGAUGUUCAUCAGCAACUACUAGCGUACGUGAACCUACCGUUCGUGCCCUGUUACUUAUUAAUUAAUUGUGUGUUUGUA